UGGUACCUAAGUAAGAUAGUAGAGGUAUAUACAAUUUCAUACGUUUAUACAUACCUACCUAUACAUAUCUUAAUUAGGCAAAGUUGCUACCUCCGCGAAACGAGAAAAUACCAAGGAAAAGCGAGAAGCUAUCUUAGAUCCAGAUUAGGUUUGUAAUGACGACCGGUCAUUAGCUCACGAUUGCUUGUCGUUGCGGCUUUAAAGCGUCGAAAGUUUUGUCUAGAAGAAGCCGAUAGUGAUGGAUGAGCAUCCUAAUAAAUUCUACCUUUUCGGGGGAUAUACGUUAUGGAACGAGCACGCCUGGAGCCCAUCUGAUGACCGGGUGCGCGGCGGUAAAAGCCGUAGCUUGUUGGUAUGUUCUGCCGACUCCGCCGUAGCUACCUUCAGCGGGGACCUGGAUAUCACAGCGCUCGGCGGCGCCGGGUUUGCGUCCCAGCGGACGGUCGAUCCGCAGUCUUGGGACCUGCUCGUAUACCAAGGCCUGAGCCUCGGCGUAGCUAAGAGCGACGGCAAGAAGUACACGCUCGUCCUCAAAGAUGACACCCCGCCCAAGCGCCCGGACGGCAGGGAGGAGAGCACCGUCAGUUGGGAGUACGACUUUGUGCCCGGCAGCGAGACCGAGGUGACGGCCUCCUGGGCUGACUUCAAACCCACCUAUCGAGGGAAACCGAAGCCGGAUGCUGCACCUUUGCGGUUGGAUCAUAUCAAACGGAUAAGCAUCAUGAUGAGAAGCUUCUUUGGCGAACAGCAGGGCCCCUUUAGGCUGGAUCUCAACUAUAUCGCAGCCAUCAGAGCCGAGAGCAUGUCAGAAGAUUAAGGCGUAAGGCACGAUCCUUAGAAGGAGGUUGAAUUCUAGACGCGAUAAUGGUGAAGAGCGAAGAUAGUUGACAGGGCUGUCCGGUGUGCUGUUUCACUUCACAAGGGGGGUCUUAGAUAGAGCUUAGGAUAUAUGAUGCUACACUAUUCCUUGGUUUUCCAUAAUAAGAGGAGAACGUCAUCCCUCCAAGCAACUUCCAUGAGAGUUAAUGUGCCAGUCUAUGCUAGAUCCCUGUAUGCAUUAAGGCAGAC